AUGGUGGGCAUCUCCAGAUCUCUCAAGCCGACCCACUGCUGCUUCCAACGCUACCUCAAGCCCGGCGCCCUCGCCCGUCUCAGGGACUCCAAAAUCAGCGCCGCCAGAUCUCUCCGACCCAAGUCUCCUCCGCCCCGUCCCGAUUCUGAUCACAACUCCCCUCCACGAGUUCCCUCAUCCGACGGCGAUGGCGUCCCCUGCUUUUCGGCAAAGCUGUACGGCCCUCGAUCCCUAACCAGAAAGAAACUCGUCGCUGCUAGAUCUGUCCUAUUAGCCGCUGGCUUGGUCCCUUCCGAUCUGGGUUUGGAACCGGCUAAUGGUGGCGCCGCCGAUAGUAUUAGUAACAGCAGUAGUAGCAGUAAUGGGUCUUUGAUUAGUGUGUUGAAUAGCGAAGUAGUUGUUGCUGCUCAUUGA